AAAACGCCCCCAUUCGCCCUAGCGAGCAGCAUGCAUCAUUCGACGACAGAAGCACCACCCAGCCUCACCCCCUCUCUGCUCCCACGCACGGGCACGGCAACUCGGGAGAGCUAGAGGAAUCGGGAGCGAAGCGGGAAAAUCAGGAGCAAGCGGAGGGACAGGAGGAGGGGCGAGAGAAGGGGCAAGGGGAGGGGCAAGGGGAGGGAGGAGAAGGAAGAUGGAGAAACGGCCUGGCGAGAAGGGGAGGAUAAGGGAGGAACAAGGCUAUCAGCGGGAGCAGGUGGUCCAGGAGAAAGUUCAGGAGAAAGUUCAGGUGCCAGUGGAGGAGUUGCACAGGCCUGGCAAAUCGACGGGCAGUGGAAGGGCUUUCCAAGAGGAGACAACGGAGCAGGAUACGGAGCUGGCGCAGAAACGGGCGUGCGUUGGAGGGAAGGGGGCACAGGAGGGAGAAAAGGAGAGAGAAGAGAAGGUGGCAAAGGAGGGGGAAGAGAAGGGAGGGAAAGAGAGGAGCGAGGAUGAAGCAGAGGAGAGCAGGCGAGAAGGACAAGGGGAGGAGAGAGAGGGGAGUGAAGGGGACCGGUACCACUGGCUCAAGUACGGACAGAAGGUGCUGAUGGAGAGAGUUUAUGCACGGGCCUAUUUCCGCUGCGCGCAGCACGCGGCGGGGUGCCAGGCCAAGAAGACCAUGGACAUACCCUUGCAGAAGCCCCCUCCCAGCUCGCCGCAGCCGCAGCCCCAGGUGGCGUUUCUCGGGCAGCACUCGCACCCUCCUCCCGACAACCCCCGCCGCACAACCCUCUCCCUGGCUGCUCGGAAAGUGGCCACAGCAGGGGGGAGCAGCCGGAUGCAUCAGUCAUCAUUCCCCCUGGUGCAGUCUGGUGCCAGUAACGCUGCCUGCACCAACAGCAGCAGCAGCAGCAGCAGCAGGGGCAGCAGCACCACCACCACUACCACCACCACCACCACGAGCACCAGGAAAUCAUUUGUGCUGGCUGCUAGUGGUGCCAGCCUGUCACACUCGCAUGACAGCAAUUAUCCGCUGCAGGGUGGCAUUGCGGCAACCAGUGACAUGCUACUGGCGUUGGCAAGCAGCUUCGUGGGAAGCACACCAGUAGCAGGAGCAGCAGGAGCAGCAGCAGCAGCAGGAGCAGGAGGAGAGGGAGGGGCGGGAAGAGCAGGAGCAGGAGGAGCACGAGGAGCGGCAGCAGCAGCAGCAGCAGCAGCAGGAGGAGGAGGAGGAGGAGGAGGAGGAGGAGGGGCAGCAGCAGGAGCAGAAUCAGGAAUAUCCACGCCUUUGCCGCGCGCUGUGCCAGGCUGGGAUGUAGGCAGGCUGGCAGCAGCAGCUGCUGCAGCACCCGCACAGAACUUGUUUGUGGGGGCUCUACCGAAUGUGGCUCAGCAAUGGCUGCUGUGGCUGCAGCAGCAGCAGCAGCAACAGCAGCAGCAACAGCAGCAGCAUCAGCUACACGCUGCUGCCAUCCUUGCUGCUGCCCUUGCUGCGGCUGCCAAUACCCCCUCUGCUGCGGCUGCUGCUGCUGCUUCUGCUGCCGCUUCUGCUGCCGCUUCUGCUGCUGCUUCCUCCGCUUUCGCUGCCACUGUUAAUGCUCCACUGCCAAACAGAUUCACUGCCGCAUCGACCACCUCAUGCACUGGUAUGCCACCCACACACCCACUCAUAACUGCACGUGAGGACUGUACAGGUGCUGCGGCCUCAUAUCACAGCACCCGGAGGGUGAUGAAGGGGGAAGCAGGGGAACCAGGGGAAUUAUGUUGUGAAGGAGGAGGAGAGGCGCCCCAGGGACCAGAACAGGUAAGAUACUUUCCGACAGCUCACUCGACUCCCAGUGCUGCUGGUGCUGUGGCCAAACUUAUCUCUCUCGCUGCUGCAGUGACUGCUGGGCAUCCUGCUGCACGGGCAGCACCAGCCCACCUGGCUGCUGGGCAGCAGCAGCAGCAGCAGCAGCAGCAGCAGCAGCAGCAGCAGGUGGCACCAUUACCUGCAACAUACGCACCCAGGGAGGGUUCUUCUCUACCGGUCCGGUCCUCUCCGAACCUGUCCUCUCCGAACCUGUUCUCUCCGAACCUGUCCUCUCCAAACCUGUCCUCUCUGGUCUUGUCCUCUCUACCCAGGGCAAUGCAGGAUGAAGCCAUUCCUGCAUCUCUUGUGCUUGCACAAUCAUCCAAAGCUCCAGCAUCAGCUACAGCUGGAGCGUCGGUUAGAGCUGCACUAUCAGUCACAGCUGCACCGUCAGUUAAGGCUACACCAUCAGUUGCAUCAACACACUCAGUUACAGCAUCGAGCCUUGCUGACACCGUCAUCCUUGCUGCAUUCUCUGCUGCAGCUGCUUUCCCUGCACCGACCACAUACGCCGGAGCUGCGGCUGCUGCUUCAUCUAUGCCACACAAGCAGCUAGCACCAGCUCAGCUUCCGCUGGCUCAGCCGCCACUGCCAGUUCAGCAACCUGCAACUAGCCAAUUUCGCCUGGCAUGUACCGGUACUUGCUGGUCGGAUAGUGUGCCUGUGAGUGGUAGAGGAGGGGAGGGAAGAAGUUUGCCGGUGAGCACUCUGCAUCCUUUGCAGUACCUGCCUGAUGCAAAGCCGGUUCAAGCAUCAGGCAGUCAUCACACGGUUACGCCACAGACGGAUUGGUCUGGAGAUAGUAGAGGCGGGGAGGGAAGGAGCGCUUACCAUUGUAACGAAAGGACAGCUGUGGACAAGGCCCAGAGCUCUGAGAAUGAUGGCAAUGCCAGUGCUGCAGUGAAGAUGGAUCUUGAUCUAAACGUGUAACAUAAAUGCAUGACUUAUGUACACUUCUAUAGGAGUAAACAUUUUACCAUGGA